AUGACUAUUGAUAUACGCGAGAGCGAAGCCAAUCCACAGCUGGUGGUGCAGUUGGCGCAGGAGGUGUAUAAUACGGAUCUGCUGCUGCUGCUGGUCAACAAUUUGGCUUCAUUUGAGUUCGAGGCGAAGAAGGAUGCGGCGCAGAUCUUCAACAAUCUCUUGCGCAGACAAGUGGGCACGCGCUUCCCCACAGUCGAAUACAUCUGCCAACGCGAGGCCAUUCUCUUUGUGCUGGUGCAGGGAUACGAAAGUGACCAGAACGACAUUGCGCUCAACUGUGGGUUGAUGCUGCGCGAAUGCAUUAAACACGAGGCACUCACCAAGAUCGUCCUCAACUCAUCCCUGCUAUUCCAAUUCUUCACGUAUGUCGAGCUGCCCACGUUCGAUGUUGCUGCAGAUGCGUUUGCGACAUUUAAGGAACUCAUUACGCGGCACAAGGUGGUGGUGGCAGAGGUGCUUGAGGCUAAAUACGAGGAGUUCUUCAAACACUACGACAAUCUGCUGGACUCCAGCAAUUACGUCACCAGGCGCCAGUCGUUAAAGCUUCUGGGCGAGAUUCUGUUGGAUCGGGCCAACUUCAACAUAAUGACUAGAUAUAUCUGCGGACCGGAGAAUCUGAAGCGCAUGAUGAACUUGCUCAGAAGCAAAAGCAGGAACAUCCAAUUCGAAGCCUUCCAUGUGUUCAAGGUGUUUGUUGCCAAUCCAAAUAAGCCCGAGCCUAUCCUCAACAUUUUGCUGAAGAACAAGGAGAAACUGGUCGAUUUCUUGAACAAGUUUCACAACGAUCGCACGGAUGAUGAACAAUUCAACGACGAGAAGGCCUAUCUUAUGAAACAGAUCCAAAAUUUACAUCCGGCGUCGGCGUCUAAUGCCGCCAAUCCUGGUGGCAGCAGUCCUCAGCCCGUAUAAAGUCC